AUGUCAACUUGUGCUUCUUGUCGGUAUUCAUCUUCGUAUCGAUAUCAACCUCCAGCUCCCGAACCAACAAGGUUGGAGAAGAAAUUCUCGAGAAUUGAUGACAAUUACACCAACUUGGAACAGGUUUCUGAUGCUUUGGCACGAUCAGGACUCGAGUCUUCGAAUUUAAUAGUUGGAAUCGACUUCACCAAGAGCAAUGAGUGGACAGGUGCAAGAUCGUUUCAUAGAAGAAGUUUGCACCAUAUUAACAACGGAGAACAAGGAAUGAACCCUUAUGAACAGGCUAUAUCGAUCAUUGGACAAACUUUAUCAUCAUUCGAUGAUGACAACUUCAUCCCGUGUUUUGGAUUUGGCGACGCUUCCACCCAUGAUCAAGAGGUCUUUAGCUUCUAUCCAAUGGAGAGAUUUUGCAAUGGUUUUGAGGAAGUGUUAAAUAGAUACAGAGAAUUGGUUCCUCAACUGCACCUUGCAGGGCCAACAUCGCUUGCACCGAUAAUUGAAAUGGCCGCCAGUAUUGUCGAGCAAAGUGGCGGCCAGUACCAUGUUUUACUUAUAAUAGCUGACGGGCAGGUUACAAGAAGUAUUAAUACUGUAAAAGGACAGUUAAGUCCACAAGAGAAGAAGACUGUUGAGGCAAUUGUAAAGGCAAGUGAAUAUCCGCUGUCUAUUAUCUUAGUGGGAGUUGGAGACGGGCCUUGGGACAUGAUGAGGGAAUUUGACGAUAAUAUCCCUGCCCGAGCUUUUGACAACUUCCAGUUUGUAAAUUUUACGGAAAUCAUGUCAAAACAAGUGGAGAGAUCGCGUAAAGAAGCGGAAUUUGCUCUAGCGGCCUUGAUGGAAAUACCAGCUCAAUAUAGAGCAAGUGUAGAGCUUAAUUUGUUAGGCUCAAGUAAAGGAAAGGGUAUAGAUCGUGUCGCUUUACCCCCUCCACAGUAUAGCACGGGAUCCUCUCGCAUGGCCAAACCUUGGGAGUCUAGAAGUUUUCGACGUUCCACUCCACCACCUUCCGAAGAUAGGCAUGACAAUGCAUGUUUUAGCUCAAAUAGAUUCACAUUUCCUAGUUUUGAUAACCAUGUUUGCCCGAUCUGCCUUACCGAUCCAAAGAACAUGGCUUUUGGGUGCGGUCAUCAGACUUGUUGCGAUUGUGGUCAAGGCCUUGAGCUUUGCCCCAUGUGUCGUCGAGCUAUAACAUUCAGGAUGCGGCUAUACUAA